CAACAACAGGAAUUAAUUCCCAUGUCACAUACAGAUAGCCGAACACGAACACGAAGCGGGAAUAGAGUCCGAACGUUGAAAAAGGGGAGAGCUGCACUCUCAAGCGGUGACUCAGAGAUCUUCGAACAUUGACCAAGUCUAUAUAAAGUCAUCCAAUAUCUUCUCUUUCUCUAUCAUCAUCAUCUCAACUCAAUCAAUCUUCAGACACCUGAUCAUUAACGAAAAUGAAGCUCUCCUUCACCACCCUCGAUGUCUUCACCACCACUCGCUACACCGGCAACCCAGUAGCCAUCAUCGAAGUCCCGGGCUCACUAUCCACCACUCUGACUCAAGAACAAAAACAAUCCAUAGCCUCCGAAUUCAACCUCUCUGAAAUCGUCUUCCUGCACCUCCCAGAAGAAGGAACCUCUCCCUCUUCCCGAAAGAUUGACAUCUUCACAUCCAAGGCAGAAGUCCCCUUCGCCGGCCACCCCACCAUCGGCACAACCCACUACCUACUCUCCCUCCCCUCUUCCCCUCAAAAUGUAACCACCGUCCACACCAAAGCAGGCCCAAUGCCCAUCUCUCUCUCCUCCGGCCUGGCCUCUGCUUCAAUCCCGCACUCCUACCACUUGCACGCGAAAACCUAUCAUUCUGCCCUAAACGGCGUCGCUAAUCCAGUAGCGAGCAUCGUAAACGGGAUGUCUUUCAUCUAUGUUUCUCUGCCUUCCCUUUCUGCUCUCUCUCAAGCAACUACUAAUUUGAAUGAGGUGGAGUUCGGAUCAACGUAUAACUCUGAGGCGUUGGAUGAGGGAUGGAAGAAUGGGUUAGUGGGCACGAUGUAUUAUGUGUUCGUGGGAGAGGAUGAGGAGGGCAGGAAGAAGUAUAGGACUAGGAUGUGGGGGUCCAGAGAGGACCCAGGAACCGGGAGCGCGAGUAGUGGGCUGGCGUGCUUUUUGGCGUUAAAGGGGGAGGGUAAAAAGUUUUUGUUUGAGCAGGGAGUGGAGAUGGGGAGGAGAAAUGAGAUUGGUGUUGAGGUUGAGUUGAAAGGAAAUGGGGAGGGAAUUGAGAAGGUUGUGUUGAGUGGUGCGGCGGUGAAGGUUAUGGAGGGGGUUUUGGAGGUUUAGGUGCGAUAUACAUGAGGGAGAAGGGGGUUUGUGAGAGAAGACUUUGGUGCUCAACUCAUCGGGUCUGAAAAAAGGAGUCUGUAGCAUUGAGAUGACGCUUGUCAGAAAUGGAAUCA